GGCUGGGUGCUGUGGCAUAGACUCCUCUCCUUGGGGGGCUGUAGAAGCUGACGGUGGUUUCACGGCACAGAGGAAGGCUGAGCCUUGGCAGGAGCAACGGGAUGUUCAAGGGGCGUUGAUCAUGAAGGUCCCUGGGAACGGAGGAAGGGGCAGGGAGCUUGGAAAGCAGAAGGGCCCUGCACUUCCAGGGUGCUCCACCCGUCUGGGCCCCUCGGCUGCUACCAGCCCCAAGUUGGGGGCCCAUGACGCCAUAAGCCUCUGGGCCAGGGGCCCCCGGCUGUGAGUGGCACCACAGGCCCCCGCCCCCGGACUCCGUGGGCUGGGCUGGGCUGGGCGCAGUGUGGCUGGGCACACGCAGUCGGAGGCGGCGCCGGCCAGGCCGCCGGGCGCCUAUGGAUGCGCGGAGCCCGCUGUCUCCCCGGGCCAGUGCGUUCAGCAUCGCCUCUCUGGUUGCAGCCGAGGCGGUGGAGCGUACUGCCCACCAGGGCUCGGGGUCCUCUGACCGGGUGAAGCUUCGCUGGCUGCCAGGAUCCCCGGCCGGGAUGCACUUCAGCACCGUCACCAGGGACAUGGAAGCCUUCACGGCCAGCAGCCUGAGCAGCCUGGGGGCCGCGGGGGGCUUCCCGGGCGCCGCGUCGCCCGGCGCCGACCCGUACGGCCCGCGCGAGCCCCCGCCGCCGCCGCCGCGCUACGACCCGUGCGCCGCCACGGCCCCCGGCGUCCCGGGCCCGCCGCCGCCGCACGCCUACCCGUUCGCGCCGGCCGCCGGGGUCGCCACCAGCGCCGCCGCCGAGCCCGAGGGCCCCGGGGCCAGCUGCGCGGCCGCCGCCAAGGCGCCGGUGAAGAAGAACGCGAAGGUGGCCGGUGUGAGCGUGCAGCUGGAGAUGAAGGCGCUGUGGGACGAGUUCAACCAGCUGGGCACGGAGAUGAUCGUCACCAAGGCCGGCAGGCGGAUGUUCCCCACCUUCCAAGUGAAGCUGUUCGGCAUGGAUCCCAUGGCCGAUUAUAUGCUGCUCAUGGACUUUGUGCCGGUGGACGAUAAGCGCUACCGGUACGCCUUCCACAGCUCCUCCUGGCUGGUGGCGGGGAAGGCCGACCCUGCCACGCCAGGCCGCGUGCACUACCACCCUGACUCGCCUGCCAAGGGAGCGCAGUGGAUGAAGCAAAUCGUGUCCUUCGACAAGCUCAAGCUGACCAACAACCUGCUGGACGACAACGGCCACAUUAUUCUGAAUUCCAUGCACAGAUACCAGCCCCGCUUCCAUGUUGUCUAUGUCGACCCGCGCAAAGAUAGCGAGAAGUACGCCGAGGAGAACUUCAAAACCUUUGUGUUCGAGGAGACCCGAUUCACGGCGGUCACUGCCUACCAGAACCAUCGGAUCACGCAGCUCAAGAUUGCCAGCAAUCCCUUUGCCAAAGGCUUCCGGGACUGCGACCCUGAGGACUGGCCGCGGAACCACCGGCCCGGCGCGCUGCCGCUCAUGAGCGCCUUCGCGCGCUCGCGGAACCCCGUGGCCUCUCCAACGCAGCCCAGCGGGGCGGAAAAAGACGCGGCUGAGGCCCGGCGAGAAUUCGAGCGCGACGCGGGCGGGCCGGCCGUGCUCGGGGACCCGGCGCACCCUCCGCAGCUGCUGGCCCGGGUGCUAAGCCCCGCGCUGUCCGGGGCCGGCGGUGCCGGCGGCCUCGUCCCGCUGCCUGGCGCGCCCGGAGGCCGGCCCAGCCCCCCGCACCCCGAGCUGCGCCUGGAGGCGCCCGGCGCAUCGGAGCCGCUGCACCACCACCCCUACAAGUACCCGGCCGCCGCCUACGACCACUACCUCGGGGCCAAGAGCCGGCCGGCGCCCUACCCGCUGCCCGGCCUGCGCGGCCACGGCUACCACCCGCACGCGCACCCGCAUCACCACCACCACCCCGUGAGUCCGGCCGCCGCCGCCGCCGCCGCCGCUGCCGCCGCAGCCGCCGCGGCCGCCAACAUGUACUCGUCGGCGGGAGCCGCGCCGCCCGGCUCCUACGACUACUGCCCCAGAUAACGCGGGCCCCGCCCGGCCCCGCACAGCCCCCAGGGCCGCGGGGCCCGGCCACCCUGCCCCAAGGGCCAUCAAGGAACACGUUCCCCCAGCCCCAGGGGCCACCGCGGCUCUCCCCUUCCCCAGCUUCGAAGCCAUAGGGGCCCCAUCGCUACCCCCCAGCCCCUUGGGCUAUAGAAGUAUCCGGUUCCCCAGUCCCUGAAGCCACCGCGGGUCCUUCCCCGGCCCCGAGGGCCACGGGGUCCCCGCCCGCCAGUGCCAAAGCGCCCGGUCGGAGGCGGAAGGAAGUGAUAUUUAUUGUUCUCCCCGAGACCGCGUCGCCCGCGGCCCGGCCGGCAGUUGCAGUGUAGACAACCCGAGAGCCCCGCCUGCAGGCGGUGUAGAUACGUGUAGAUACUGUAGAUACUGUAGAUACCGCGCCGGCGCCGACUUGAUAAACGGUUUCGCCUCUUUUGGAA